AUGGCUCGCUGUCAGCUUGUGUCCUGUUCUUGUGUGCUCCCAAACCAUGGACUUUUGGCAACAGGCCGCCAAGAUGUUGCUCCUCUUGUAGACAUAAUUAUCAUAAGAUCACGAGCCUUCAUGGAAGCCAUAUCGGCCAGCUUCUCUUCUGUAAGGUCGCGGGUUGGAGCCGACUUCCUAGUUGAUUCUUUUCCCGCUUCGAGUCUGAUUAGGAUUCCCUCUAUCGACAAACGCCGUUUAAGGUAUAAGGAUGACGGUGCUGUUAUCUUCGUUCCUCGGUACUGCUCCAGCCCGAUUAUCUUCUUUGAGUCCGGACCUGCUAUUCUUAUCAAGAGCCAUCACUGA